AAACCAGCGAGUGGCAGCACAUUUUGUACACGUUGGUACCUCCCUACGCGUAGCGCUCGGUUCACUGUAUUGCAGGUGCUUUGCAUAAGGGAGUUGCUUUCGUCUUAACAGUGUACAACACGUUACCUGAAGUCAUGGCUGACCAGGUGGCCGCCAUGUGUGAGCAGCUUGUGAAAGCUGUGAAUGUGAUUAUGGACGCAGAAACAAGUCAAAUUUACCGACUGGAGGCCCUAAAGUUUUGUGAGGAGUUUAAAGAGACGAGCUCCUUGUGUGUCCCAUGUGGCUUACAAUUAGCUGACAAAACCCAGGCAGCUGUAGUGAGACACUUUGGUUUGCAAAUCCUGGAGCAUGUCAUCAAGUUCAGGUGGAACAACAUGCAGCAACAGGAAAAAGUCCACCUGAAGGACUGCGCCAUGCAGCUGUUAUCAAAUGGUACUCAUUCGAUCCUGGAGGAGGAGAGCCACAUCAAAGAUGCCCUGUCACGAAUUGUUGUGGAAAUGAUAAAGAGAGAAUGGCCUCAGCAUUGGCCAGAUAUGCUGAAAGAGAUGGAGACUCUCACUAAACAAGGAGAGGCCCAGACAGAGCUGGUCAUGCUGAUCCUUUUGAGGCUGGCUGAGGAUGUGAUCACCUUCCAGACGUUGCCUACCCAGCGACGCAGAGACAUACAGCAGACACUCACCCAAAACAUGGAAAGCAUCUUCAGUUUCAUGAUGGGCAUUCUGCAAGUUAAUGUUGAGGACUAUCGUAAAUUGAAAGGGUCACCUGGACAUGAACUACAGCUGAGAGCUCACUGUCGAGUUGCUGUGGCUACGCUAAAUACACUCGCGGGCUACAUAGACUGGGUCUCUCUGGUGUACAUAACCUCCAGAAACUGUCAUCUGCUGGAGAUUCUGUGUCUUCUGCUGAGUGAGCCGGAGCUGCAGCUCGAGGCAGCAGAGUGUCUGCUCAUUGCUUUGAGCCGCAAGGGCAAGCAAGAAGAGAGGAAGCCGUUCAUGCUUUUGUUUGACGACGUGGCCAUCCAGUAUAUCCUUUCAGCAGCCCAGUCAGCAGAUGGGCUGGCUCUAUGUCAGAAAUCCACAGAAUCACAAGCAGUGGAGGUGGUGGAGCGCCGCUACGUCUUCCUGAAGAGGCUCUGUCAGGUCCUGUGUGCUUUGGGAGGUCAGCUUUGCUCAUUAGUGGGAUCAGAUGUAGAUGUUGAAGUACCUGCAAAUCUGAGCAAGUACAUGGAAGCCCUUUUAGCCUUUACUACACAUUCCAGUCAGUUUUUAAAGUCCUCCACCUUGGCGACAUGGGGAGCUUUGUUCAGACAUGAGACUCUGUCAAAAGAUGCAGUUGUUGUUGAGAUUGCCAUCAGAUUCCUCAGAACAUCUAUGACCAACCUAGUCAAGACUGGGUUCCCAUCUAGAGAAGAUAACCCAAGUUGCGAGUACUCCCGCGUGGACUUUGAUAGUGAUGAGGAUUUCAACUUUUUCUUUAAUUCUUUCCGAGCGCAGCAAGGAGAGGUUUUGAGGAGUGCAUGUCGCGUUGUUCCUCUAGAGGCUUUCCAGAUAGGAGCGGAAUGGUUACAGUAUCAAAUUACCAGCCCGAUAGAUACUGGAGAUACCACAUCUAAGACUGCAGAGGGCCUGUGUUCCCUCCUGUCUCCUUCAGUGGUCCAGUGGGAUGCAAUGACAGUUUUUGUGGAGUGCAUGUUCUCACAGAUUGUCAAAAGUCUGGAAGAGGAGAAGUUGCCCAUCGAUCAGAGCAUGGAGCUGCUGCAAGCCCUGCUGAACUACGAGACCAAAGACCCGCUCAUCUUGUCCUGUGUGCUCACCAAUGUCUCUGCCCUCUUCCCAUUUGCUGUACACAGAACGCACUUCCUGCCACAGGUCCUCAUCAAGCUCUUUAAAGCCGUCACAUUUGCAAUUGAUCAGGAAACCAAAGCACCUUGGACUCGAGCUGUGAAGAAUGUAAGGAGGCACGCCUGUUCUUCCAUCAUAAAAAUCUGCCGGGAUUACCCACAGUAUAUGUUGCCUUGUUUUGAGAUGUUUUACAACCAUGUGAAGGAGCUGUUUUCGAGUGGAGUCACGGUCACUCACAUGGAGAAAUGUUCCCUGAUGGAAGCUCUGGUUCUCAUCAGUAACCAGUUCAAAGACUUUGAGAAGCAGAAGGCAUUUGUAGAUGAACUGAUGGCCUCAGUGACUGCAGAGUGGACCUCAGAUGAAAUUCGGCAUGUGCUAUGGGACCCAGCCACAUUCCUGUCCUUUAUUGGGGCAGAUAAGGUGGUCACAGAGGAACGUGAAGAUAGAGAUAUGAGCUUUAAUAGAGGGAGAUUGAGCUUCUGUUUGUAUGCCAUAUUGGCGGUGGUGAAGCGGGCACGGUGGCCUGCAGACCUGGAGGAGGCCAAGGCUGGUGGCUUUGUUGUGGGGUACACUCCUGCUGGAGCUCCCAUGUACAGAAACCCCAGCACUGCCCAGUUUCUGGUUUUGCUGCCCAACUUACUGGCACUAAUCAGGACUCAGAACAGUCUUUUCAUGCCGGAGAACAUGGCUCGUCUCAGUGAGACCUUCAGCAGAGCCCAUGAGAUCAUGGAUAGUGAGAAGAAAGUGGUUCUUGGUCUCUCUCAUCAUCUUUAUCAUAUUUACGACUCUCCUGUGUAUAAAACCAACAUAGAGCGCAUGCAGGGAUUUUUCUGCACAUUAUAUGAUAACUGCUACCAAAUCCUGGGAAGCGCAGGUGUGUCCCUCCAGCAGGAGUUCUACACCAUUGACAAGUUGGCUGAAGGAAUAGCUGGCUCUGCGUUUGUCUCCCUCGACCACAUGCCUGACCACAGACUUCGCCCGAUGAUUCGUCUGUUUCUGAGGCAGCUGGUGCUAUCAUGUCCUCAGGAGUACUAUGAGAAUCUGCUCUGCCCUCUGCUGGGACCAUUAUUUGGCUACAUGCUGCAGCGACUCAAUAUGAGGUGGCAGGUCAUCAAUCAGCGGACUUCUAUCAAUGGUGAGCACGAAGAGGAGGAAUUGGUCAAUCAGGAAAGCCAGGUGACGCAGGAGAUGUUGGAGGAGCAAGUAGUACGCCUGCUGACGAGGGAGGUGCUAGAACUUCUCACUGUGAGCUGUAUUUCCAGAAAAUUGGCUGAACCUGCAGCAAAUAAGGAGGAAAUAGAUGAGGAAGAAAUGAUGAUGGAUUCAGCGCAAACAGCAUCUCCUGCACAGCCCACAGAGGAGCUGACAGAGCUGGGGAAAUGCCUGAUGAAGCACGAGAACCUCUACAUGUCCCUGCUCACCCUGUCCUUCACCUCACUGUCCUGGAAGGACACCACAAACUGUCAUCGCACGGCUUCCCUGGUCUGCUGGACUCUGCUGCGGCAGGUCGUAGGGGGUAAUCUCCUCCCUGAAGCUGUCACAUGGUUCUUUACCAGCGUUCUUAGGGGCCUUCAAGUUCAUGGGCAGCAUGAAGUCUGCAACUCUACUCUCACUCAGUUGGCCUUGCUUAUCUAUGAAAACCUGCGGCCUCGCUACAUGGAGCUGAGAGGAGUGAUGAUCCAGAUCCCAAACAUCAGUUUAGAGGCUCUGGACCAGUAUGAUCACAGGCUCAUGGACCCCAGUGCCCAGAAAUUUGGAGACAAGAAGAGGAAAGACCAGUUCAAGAAGCUUAUUGCAGGAACUGUUGGGAAAGCUCUGUGCCAGCAGUUCAGGAAGGAGGUUCAUAUCCGGAAUCUUCCAUCGCUCUUUAAAAAGCCGAAGCCAGACAAGGAUAUAGUGGACAGUGAACCACUGGGCCUGACAGCUCUCUUCUCCCCUGAGAAUGAUACGCUGUAGGAACACAAAGUGGGCAAAGAAGAAGACUUCGCGCUGAGUGAAGACGGAGUUACGUGUGCGAACCGUGGUUUCUACUAAACAUCCUCCAGAUGGGGCAGUGUGACGCUACCUAACAUAUGUGUCAACACUCAGGGGUUUUCAAUAGGUCGUCUUUUCUGUUAACCUUCAUUGUGCCGCUCCUCUGUUAAUCCUUAAUAACAGCGAGUCAUUUGCACAGGCAAGUAUCACAGACUCGAUGCCUUUUAGAUCCUUUUGCAACAGUUCUUUGCACAUAAAUAAGACGUAUAGAAGAAAUCUGUAGGCAUUAUUUCAAAUUGAAGGUCUUUUUUUUCUUGGUUUGUCUUCAAAUAAGGAUUCCCAUUAAUAAUUGCACUGCCACAAAACUAUUUUUAUUUAGGACGGUCGUGCAUUCUUAUUUUACUUUGGGCCUUUUUCAUUUUCAGUGUCUGUGUUUUCUCAUUUCCUAACAUCAUGCCCAGGAGAGAAACUACUAAGCAUAGUAACUAGCAUCUAAUGAUACCCAAUCAAGUGAAGCCAGUAAAGCAGAUAGAUGCACUGUUAACCCGAUGAAGGAACAAGAAUGCAUGUCUGUGUUAUGCGGCUUGUGGACCGGUGGAGACCUUUUGUUCUUUUAAUAAAAUAAUAAUCAUUUCAGAGGUUAGUGUUGGCAGAUACGUUGGGUGCCCAUGCUGCUGCGGUGGAGCCUGUUACAUCCCGUGUUGAAAGGAAAAACUCCAGAAAAAAACUUCUGGUGCACGUUUCUCUGUUCAGUUUGUGUGUGUUUGUUUUUUUCAUUUAACUGGACCAGCUUGAAUUUAGUUUGAUUCUGAAGGAUGUGCUGAUGGUACCUCAAGUGUGACAUCCCAUAUCAUGGGCUAAAGUUCCUCUAUCUAUACAUAAACUAAGAGGGGAAAACAGUAAAUGGAUUUUGUUUAUGCGAAUUAUCAUUGUAGUUGUAAAUAGAAUUUAAAAAAAACUGCUUUUUUUUUUUUUUUUUCCCCAGUUAUCUUUGCCGAAUAUUCAUAUCAGCUAAUUUAAUGCAGAACACAUAUCAUACUACAAAUAAUACAGCCACACUCUGUGCCAAAACACUCAUUGUAAGUUUGUGACAGUUGUGUCUGAUAAAUCUAAUUUACAUUUAAAUUAAAGAGUAUUUAACAGUGGGCUCAACAACUAAUGUGUAGCUUAAUCCAAGUGUUCCUGUUGUGUUCUUGCUGUAUUAUUUUUUUUUUUUUUUUGUACUGGUUUUGCCAACCAGGAAGAAAGAUGAACCAGCACUACAUUCCUUUAUUGUUUAAGGGAUUGUUUUUCAGCAUAAUUUGUUGGAUGAGUUUUUGCUCUUAUGGAGCCAUCAAGGCAGAGUUUGGUUUUUUUUUUUGUUUUUUUCUUUUGUUUUAACAAUUUUAAUAUGCAUGUAGACUUCUCUACAUCUCAGAUACUGUUAAACUUAUAAACAAGUUGAAGUACUUGCUUAGAAAUAGCAAUUUUCCUUUAAUUGUUGAAUUGAUUUGCCUGUCUUUGUGCUGAUUGUUCACAUGUGGCUAUUUUUAAAAUGUGUUCAACACUAAAAUGUAAUGUACAAAGGAGAUAAUAGGCUUUUUAAAAGUGUAG